AUGAUGGACAGGAACGCGUCCGGGCCGGACAACGCCACGCUGCUCAUGCUGCGCAACCCGGCCAUCGCCGUGGCCCUGCCGGCCGUGUACUCGCUGGUGGCCGUGGUCAGCAUCCCGGGCAACCUGCUGUCCCUGUGGGUGCUGGCCCGCCACAUCGGGCCCAAGUCGCCCUCGGCCAUCUUCAUGAUCAACCUGAGCGUCACGGACCUCAUGCUGGCCGCGGUGCUGCCCUUCCAGAUCUUCUACCACUGCAACCAGCACCACUGGGUGUUCGGCCGGCGGCUCUGCAACGUGGUCACCGUGGCCUUCUACGCCAACAUGUACUCCAGCAUCCUCACCAUGGCCUGCCUCAGCGUGGACCGCUUCCUGGGCGUGGUGCACCCGCUGGCCUCGGCGCCCUGGCGCCGCCGCCGCUACGCCGUGGCCGCCUGCGCCGGCACGUGGCUGCUGCUGCUGGCCGCGCUGUCCCCGCUGGCCCGCGCCGACCUCACCUACGCCGUGGACGCACUGGGCAUCGUGACCUGCUUCGACGUGCUGCCGUGGACCAUGCUGCCCAGCGUGGCCAUGUGGGCCGCCUUCCUCUUCUCCAUCUUCGUCCUGCUCUUCCUCGUCCCCUUCGUGGUCACCGUGGCCUGCUACGCGGCCACCAUCCGCACGCUGCUGCGGGCGGCCGAGGCGCACGGCCGGGACCGGCGCCGCCGCGCCGUGCGCCUGGCCACCGUGGUGCUGCUGGCCUUCGUCACCUGCUUCGCGCCCAACAACUUCGUGCUGCUGGCGCACAUGGUGAGCCGCCUGUUCUUCGGCACCGGCUACUACCACGUGUACAAGCUCACACUGUGCCUCAGCUGCUUGAACAACUGCCUGGACCCCUUCGUCUACUACUUCGCCUCCCGCGAGUUCCAGCGGCGGCUGCGCGGCUACCUGCACCGCUGCCGGCCACGGGGCAGCCGCCAGGACGCGCCCGGGGACAGCCGCGUCUCCGCCCGCACGCUGUCCUCGGCGCGCUCCCCCACGGCCAGCCGGCCCUGCCUGGAGAGACGGCAGAGCGAGCUCUGA